AACAAGGGACCGACAGAGCGGCGAAUCACACAUAGUCAGAACGUCUAAUUACAAACUCCAACAAGGCAAAUUAAAUUUGUGGACAUUUGCAUUGUCAUAUAUAAAUGAUGCGAUCGUGUGAAGCACUUCGUGUUACUUCGUGAACGUCGUAGUUUCCACUCCUGCAAAAUGGAUCGACGUUCCUGCAUUAUUCAGCUCAGUUAACCUUUCCAGCGUGUUGACAUGCGUUUGGUGAGAGUGGCGGAGUGCAUAUUGGUGCAAUAUAGGAACCAUGAAGGUCUCUUGGGUGAUACUGCAUGCAGUGUUGGCCGGUUGCAUUAGCCUAAGUUGGUCCUUUAAUGGCGAGCUCGCCGAGCUGGAAUGCCCCGACGAUUGCGAUUGCCAUUACUUCCGGAUCAAUUGGGUGACGGAUUGCUCUGAUAGUAACCUGACCGAAAUACCCUACGAUGAGCUGAGUCUGAACGUGUACGUGUUGGACAUGAACAACAAUCGCAUCACCGAUGUGAGACCUUUUCCUGGCGACAUUAAAAUGAGGCGUCUGCAAAUGGCCGAUAAUCGCAUGACUGAGCUGAAAAAAUCAUCCUUCGCAGAGCUGAACUACCUCAUCGACGCCGAUUUCUCCGAAAAUAUGAUAACUAAAGUUGAUCCGGAUAGCUUCGACGAUUCGCCCGGGUUUAUCACUUUAGAACUUCAAGGCAAUCCCUUAGAGCCGGUCGAUGGGCCGUUUUUAUCCAUCAAAUCAUUGCUUUAUUUGGACAUUAGCAACUGCGGUCUAAAAUAUUUAAAUCCACUUUUCUUCGCCAAUAUAACCGCACUGAGUACGCUCGACUUAUCCGGAAAUCCCUUAGGCGUGAUAGAUAAUAAAGUACUCGAGCCUUUGUCUAGUCUGGAAACGCUGAAAAUGAACGACUGCAAUUUAACUUACAUUGCAAAUUACGCGUUCGUCUCUCUGGAAAAUCUAAAAAAUCUCGAAUUAAGCGGUAAUAUGCUUAUCACUACUGAUUGGUCAUCGGUUCUCGAUUAUCUCCCGCGCCUCGAAUACCUCGAUUUAAGGAAUGCCGGGAUCAAACAUUUACCCGAAAUCGUAUUCAGCAACAACACCUAUUUACGGACGUUAAUUCUGGCCGAAAACGAGCUAAGUGAUAUCGACGUGGCUCAAACCUUGGGCAAACUCCAGCAAUUAGAUUCGUUGGACUUGUCUUUUUGUAAUUUAACAUUACCCCUGUCGGAGGAUUCUUUCAUCAACGCCACGAAAAUCCGAAGUUUGUAUUUGUCUGGAAAUUCGUUAUUCGCGUCCGACCUAUUGGUUGCCUUAGCCCCAUUAUCAAAUUUGGAAAAACUUUCUUUAAGUAAUUGUGGAUUAACUCGUCUACCCGAUACUUUCCGCAACUUCAAAAGUCUACAAGAACUCGAUAUUUCACAUAAUCCUCUGAAUGACGCAUUCGUCAAGUUAUUGACACCCUUGGAUAAAUUAGAAUACUUGAAUAUGGGUUACAGUAAUUUAUCAUACAUCGCGCCGACGUCGUUUUUGAAAAUGACAAACAUGAAACGACUGGUACUCACAGGGAACGACUUGUACAGUUUAGAAGCCGGUGUUUUCGGUAACUUAACUAAACUUGAAAGUUUGGAAUUAAAUUUCUGCGGUUUAAGACGACCCAUUAACGCUACGUUAUUUUUCAACAACCUAACUUACACUGACUUGAAGGAAUUACAGCUGGCGGGAAAUCCAUUACAGUUUUCAAAAUCAGGACCUCUUUUACCGAAACAGUUAUCUAGACUGGAAAAACUCGAUCUGAGCAAUUGCGACCUUACAUUCCUCCCACCGGAUGCUUUCUACUGGACUAGAAAUAUCACCACAUUGAUUUUGAGCGGAAACCAUUUCUCCACGCCCGAUAAUUUACAAUUCCUUGAAUUACUACCUAAACUAAAAGUGCUCGAUUUGAGGUACAAUAACUUAUCGCGAUUUUCACCGAAAUACGUUCUCGAAAAUCCGGACGUGGAGAAGUUAAAACUCGUCGGUAAUCCGUGGAAGUGCGACUGCACCGUCGCCGAAUUAUGGGAUUGGGCUAAUUUGGAAAAGGGCGGUCUCGGUAUUUUAGAAGGAGCGACUUUGAGCCCCGAGCACGUCACAGCCGGGAAAACCAAGCGCAAGAACUUGCUUAUUUGUAGCUACGACACCAAAUUACCUCUGCCUGUUAUCACAAACAAAACGGUUCCCGGCAGGAGACCGUUCAUUAAGUCGCAGCGGGUACUAACUUCCACGAACCGUACCUGGGCUAAGUACGUCAGAGAAUCCGGUUGCGAAUUUCCGAUUUUGCAGAGAUCUCCCAGAGCCGCGAGCGAUUCCUACAGUUCCGAAUUAGAAACCAAUUCUUGGGCGGCGGCAGCCAUUAAAGCGGGUGUUGUAUAUAUCACUCUUAUGACAAUUAUCGGGUUCGUCUUUGUUCUCACGAAGAAAAGACGAAUUACGAGAAGUGCCGCCUUUGACAAGAACAAUUAGCUUACGUUUACGCGUCAAGUAUUCAUGUAAUCAGUAUGUGUGCGAGUAGUUUAGAGUUUUAUCGAACGUAAUAGCAAACAUCCUUUAAUUGUAUUAAUUACGGUAUUGCGAGUCAGCAAUUCCUACAGUUGUAAACAAUGAAAGGUAUGUGCCGUGUGACGUAAUGAGCUGACUCCAACACCUAUUGCGUUUACGAAGACUGUCGUUUUGUUGAUUUUGUAGUUAACUAGGUGUGGCUGUUAUUUUAUACUAGAAACUAAUAAAGUCUACUCGUUUAUAUUAACCGCUGUUUACCAUCCGCAUCUUGAAACCGCACACCCGCCUUAAGCACACCUACUCUAGCAUUCGCAUUACCAACACUAAUAAGAGUCAUCGUUAAUGAACCUAUUUAGUGGGAUCCCCCCUGUGAGGCGUAUUAUAAUAAAUAUGCAAAUUGGUGCGUGCACUACCCUUUACUAAAGCCGCUCGGUGCAUAUCGCGAAUAUCUCGAUAGAACAAGGGCUGAUCUUUCCGGCCACUUCCUGACCCUAAGAACGGUUCCUAGAAUUAUAUAGCUUGCCGACGGCCAUUUUUAAAUUGAACUCAUUCACAAAAGGGAAUAUGUAAUCGGGCAAAGUCUAUACUGGCAAUAACUUCGCAAUGGCCACGACCUCUUACCCCGUCAUAGAGGGUGGAUUGCCAGCAGUUCCUGUAAUUGCAAGUGGAACGUGAACAGCCCUUGUUCGGCCCUUCAGUCUCUCCUAAUUAGAACACGGCUCCCUUGUACCCACCUCUCGUCAUCACCGGAGGACAAGGGCUACGUACAGGCUGUCUCGAAUGUCGAAGCACGACAAAAAACUAAUAAUGGUGACAUUUAACAUUAACGUCGCCAUUCGGAACAGACUGUAUUUACCAAAAAACAAGAAAUUGUAUUUAUUAGUAUUUAUUUUAGGCAAGUAAUCUAGCUGUCAUCCGCCUUUCUUGUCAACACAACAAUUUUCGUAUUAUGUUUGUUAAGAUAACAAGGAAAUUGUGGGCAAUUAGACUGUUUCUAGUGAAGUAGUACUCAAAACAUUCCGCCAUUAAUCACAAUGGCGACUAUAUUUGUUUUAUUUUUGUAUUACACUUUUUAUAUUGUGUAUUAGCUACUGUAUUGCAAUAAAAUAUACCUUUUUAA